AUGGAUAUUCAAAGGCAUGAGCAUAGGAGGAAUGAUCAUGAUACAAGGUAUAUUGAGUGUAAACCCUGGAGUGACUUUGUAUUGGAGAAACAAGCAUCAGAAAUAUAUACCCAAACAAUUUUUAAGGAUAUUCAGAUUGAAAUUGAUGCUGCUAUUACAAAGUGUACGUCAAAGUCUGUUGAUACUAUGGGUGAUGUUCAAUAUUUUGAAAUAAAGGAUUUCAGACAGCCAUGCACUUCUUUUUUCAAGGUGCAAUACAACAAAGAAGAAGAUGGUUUAAGUAUAAGUUGUUCUUGCAAACGGUUUGAACAAUUUGGUAUAUUGUGCCGCCAUAUAUUUUACGUAUUACGGUAUGAGGAUAUAAGUGAGUUUCCUAGAAGAUAUGUUCAUAGAAGAUGGAUGAGAGAUGUUGUUUCAGUGGGAUCAAAUCAUUCCAAUAUUCGAUUUGAUGAAAUUGGUAGGAAUAGUGAAAUUGAUAAAGUUUAUAGAGAAAUCGUUGUUGCAAAUGAGUAUGUUGUUAAUAGGCUGGUUGGCGAUUUAGAUGAACUGUGUCGUUACAGGGAUCAUAUUAAAAGUUAUAUUGAUAAAGCGGAUGAGGUUAUGGUUGCUGCGCUGCCUCCUAGUCGCAAAGAAAGAUUUGCUGAUAUUGGAGGGAACAUAGAAAAAUCAGAUUCUAUGAUUCGUGUCCCGAUCAAAGUAAGGACCAAAGGAUGCGGUGUACAAAAAAGGAUCAAGUCUAAUCGUGAGAUUGCAAUUCAGAAAUCAUCAAAGAUCCAGAAAUCGUGCCGUGUAUGUGGUGGAAAAGGACAUAACAGUCGAACAUGUAAAGAUAAGGUUUCUUCUAAUGCUAUAGGUUCUAGCAAUGCAAUGUAA